AGCAACAGACUUGCUAUGAGAUCGUUAGCUAACGUACAGUUAGACUCCCACCCUUCCUGUGGAGGGAAGGAUGUUAGCCCUUGUCUGGUGGUUCUUUGGAAACAGAUCACUUGUAGUAAAUUGCUGGUGUCAGUAAAUUUUUGUUGUACGUUCUGUUUCUUUCAAGGAAAAACUGGCCACGCAGAAGUAGUCCGAGUGGUGUACCAGCCAGAACGCAUCAGCUUUGAGGAACUGCUCAAGGUCUUCUGGGAGAAUCAUGACCCGACCCAAGGCAUGCGCCAAGGCAAUGACCACGGCACUCAGUACCGCUCAGCCAUCUAUCCAGCCUCUACUGAGCACAUGGAGGUGGCCCUGAGGUCGAAAGAAGACUACCAGAAGGUUCUUUCGGAGCACGGCUAUGGCCUGAUCACAACCGACAUCCGGGAGGGCCAAACCUUCUACUACGCGGAGGAGCACCACCAACAGUACCUGAGCAAGAACCGCGACGGGUACUGCGGCCUCGGGGGCACCGGCGUGUCCUGUCCGAUGGGUGUUAAAAAGUAAUUUCUCCCCAUGUGGUCAGCCCUUGAAGUCACAGCCAAAAUGCUUUCAACAAAUUGGGCAAUGCUUUUGUGGCUCAGGUCAGUGGCUUUUUGAAGUGCACAAAGCGCGAAGGCAGUCAGGAAAACCUGGUUUAAUGAGGUCUGAUUACAUGAAAUGCAAUGGCAAGUUGAUAACAUGCAGUUUAUCUUCUACUAAGUUACGGUGGGAGUUGAACUGUGACAUUGCUUGAACUGUUUGGAUUGCUUGGGGUCUGAAUGAGGAUCAUGAAAUACGCUGUGCUCCGUCUUCUUGGGCCUGGGUGCCUGCCGCGGAAGCUGGGGAAGGAAGCUGGGAGAUUGUCAGACAAGAUUAGGCAUUUGGACAUGGGAACUGUACCCUGUCCCACCUCGCAUGCCCUCCAGUGCCUUAAAAUCUGCAAACAUUUAUAGCCUCAAUGAAUCAUUCACUGCAAUAUUUUGCUCGACUGAGCCUAGAUGCACAGGGGGCUUUCUCUCCUUUUCGGCCCUCCUGGGGCAGGGAAAAGAUGCAAGUUAGCUCGAUGAAUUCUAAUGCUUUGCUUACAGCUAUGAGAAAUGCUUGUUCUAAUAAAAAUCUACAGUCUAAUACAAA